CCAAUGCGGUUGUUGAUCUGACGGAGAUUGCUGACCGUAUGAUUCGCUCUGGCUACGAAAAGGAGUGUGUUCAAGUCUACAGCACCGUUCGUCGUGAUGCUUUGGACGAGUGCUUGGCGAUUCUUGGCGUCGAACGGCUCAGCAUUGAGGAGGUUCAGAAAAGUGACUGGAAAUUUUUGGAUGAGAAGAUGAAGAAAUGGCUUCAGGCCGUCAAAAUUACAGUUCGCGUGAUUUUGGACGGCGAGAGGAGGCUCUGUGAUCAGAUUUUCAAUGGCGCCAAUGAAUCCAAGGAGAUUUGCUUUAACGAAACAGCAAAAGGGUGCGUAAUGCAGCUGUUGAAUUUUGGUGAGGCAGUAGCUAUUGGGAAGAGGUCUCCGGAGAAGCUGUUCCGAAUCUUGGAUAUGUAUGAUGCUUUGGCCAGCGUUUUGCCCGACUUGGAAGCCAUGGUUUCCGACGAGUUUCUGAUCAGUGAAGCUCAUGGAGUGCUGUCUGGACUGGGAGAAGCAGCCACAGGGACAUUUUCAGAGUUUGAGAAUGCUAUUCAGAGCGAAAAUUCAAAGAAAGCAAUGCAAAACGCCGAGAUCCACCCUCUUAUUCGAUAUGUAAUGAAUUAUGUGAGAUUACUGGUUGAUUACAGUAAGACAAUGAACUCUCUUUUAGAAGAUGAGGAAGUACAGGACUUGCAGAAUGAUAACGAUAACGAGGAUAAUUUGCAGCUGGAGAACACGUCGCCUUUAGCUCGUAGGUUGUUAAUGUUGUUAUCAUCUUUGGAAUCCAAUCUUGUGGAUAAAUCAAAACUUUAUGAGGAUGUUGCUAUGCAGUUCAUAUUUCUAAUGAACAAUAUACUGUACAUAGUGAAAAAAGUGAAAGAUUCUGAGCUUGCACAGCUGCUCGGCAAUAACUGGCUCCGCAGGCACAGCGGCCAAAUUCGCCAAUACGAAACGAGUUACCUUAGAGCCUCUUGGAGCAAAGUUUUGUCUUGCCUGAAGGAUGAAGGGAUUGGUGGGAGCACAAGUAGUGCCUCCAAGGUAGCUUUGAAGGAAAAGUUCAAGAAUUUCAAUGCAGGUUUUGAAGAAAUCUGCAGGGUUCAGACAACUUGGAAGGUGUCUGAUUCUCAACUGCGCGAUGAGCUGAUAAUAUCGGUUUCGGAGAAGGUGAUUCCAGCGUAUCGGUCCUUCUUGGGAAGGUUUAGAAAUCAGUUAGAGAGCGGAAGGCAUUCUGGGAAGUACAUAAAGUACACGCCCGAGGACUUAGAGAACUCUCUAUCAGACUUAUUCGAAGGAUCACCUGCUGUUUCACAUCACAUGAGAAGAAAGGGUACAUAAAAGAAGUCCAGACUUAAAACUGUUUGAUGGAAACUUCAAUGUAUCUUGGUUUCAGCCGAUUGGGUUGCUGAAUUAUUAUCGAUCGUGGCUUUGCCACAAGAUAGGUACGAUGUAGCAACAUGUGCAAGCAACCGUCAGAUUGUCUGCUUCUAAACUAGUUUCUUCUUGGUCGUUUCAGGUCAUCCACAUAAAUAAAUUAGAAGAAAGUAACACCAAGUAAAGUAAAUUUAUUUUGACUGAAGUUGGUAAAAAGUAGAAAGGUUAAUGGCCAAGAGUUGAUGGUUUCUCCAGGGCAAGCUUAGCCAUUAGUUUUUGUGUUGUGGUUUGAAAUUGAAAUGCAGUGACUGAGAGUUCCUUGUUACCUGGCUUGUGCUGGGGCCUCUGAUUUUCACCCAACAACCGUCGAAAAAUCCCCACUCCCAUUAAGUUAAGGGAACAAGCGAGUGCAUUCGGUUACACCACAGCUAGCUAGCUAAUAAGGCAAUUCAUUUGGUCAGAUGAAGCAUCGGCUCAAUUAUUAUUCAGUGACAGCUUAUCCACAGUCCCAUCAAUUGAUUUUGGAACGACGUUUACCUCUAGUUUCUUUCAAUGUUCCUCCCAAAACUCUUGACUUCGAUUGAUAACGAUAUGUCGUUUGCUUUUUUGCAUUCUAUGUUCAAUUUCAACUCUUCUACUUUUCCACGCUCUUUUUCUAAUUAUAACAUAAAAACCAUUCAAAGCUGGUUUCAUCAU